GGCGGGGCCCGAGCGGCUGCAGAGUCCACAGACAAAGAGCCCGCGCCCCGCGCACCGCUCCCGGCCUCGCGUCCCUCCCACGCGGGGGUCCGGGCUUUGUGUUCGCGCUCUGCGGCGGACUCCGCCCUCCCAGCGCGCCUUUGUCCCCUGCAACCUCGGCCUACAGCGUCCGCGUCACCAUGAUUGCUAUGAAGGAGAAGAAUAAAACGCCGAAGGACAGCAUGACGCUCUUGCCUUGCUUUUAUUUCGUAGAGCUGCCUAUCGUGGCUUCCUCCAUUGUGUCCUUGUACUUCCUGGAGCUGACUGACCUGUUCAAGCCGGCCAAGGUGGGCUUCCAGUGCUACGACCGCUCACUGUCCAUGCCCUAUGUGGAGACCAACGAGGAGCUGAUUCCACUGCUCAUGCUGCUGAGUCUGGCCUUUGCGGCACCCGCGGCAUCUAUCAUGGUUGGCGAAGGCCUGGUUUACUGCCUGCAGUCCCGGCUGUGGGGCCGUGGCCCAGGGGGCACCGAGGGCAGCAUCAAUGCAGGUGGCUGCAAUUUCAACUCCUUCCUCAGGCGGACAGUGCGCUUUGUAGGUGUGCACGUGUUUGGCCUGUGUGCCACGGCUCUGGUGACGGAUGUCAUCCAGCUGGCCACCGGCUACCACACGCCUUUCUUCCUAACCGUCUGCAAACCCAAUUACACUCUGCUGGGCACGUCCUGUGAGGCGAACCCUUACAUCACUCAGGACAUCUGCUCUGGCCACGACACUCAUGCCAUCCUGUCGGCACGGAAAACCUUCCCGUCUCAGCACGCCACUCUGUCGGCCUUUGCUGCUGUCUACGUGUCGGUGAGUGAUGAGCCCAGUGCUGUGCCCUCUGUGGGCAGUAGGCACAACCUGACCUCCCUAUGUAUCGGCCAGAUGUACUUCAAUUCGGUCAUCUCAGACACCACCAAGCUGCUGAAGCCCAUUCUUGUGUUUGCCUUUGCCAUCGCUGCUGGCGUCUGUGGCCUCACCCAGAUCACCCAGUACCGCAGCCACCCUGUGGAUGUCUAUGCUGGCUUUCUCAUUGGUGCCGGCAUCGCUGCCUACCUGGCCUGCCAUGCAGUGGGCAACUUCCAGGCACCACCUGCAGAGAAGGUGCCUCUGCCAGCUCCUGCCAAGGAUGCCUUGCGAGCGCUGACACAGCGGGGUCAUGAGUCCAUGUACCAGCAGAAUAAGUCUGUCAGCACCGACGAGCUGGGCCCUCCGGGAAGGCUAGAGGGUGUGCCACGGCCUGUGGCCCGAGAGAAGACAUCUCUUGGCAGCCUAAAGCGGGCCAGUGUGGAUGUGGACCUGCUGGCCCCACGCAGCCCCAUGGGCAAGGAGGGCAUGGUCACCUUCAGCAACACACUGCCCCGCGUCAGCACGCCUUCACUGGAUGACCCUGCGCGGCGGCACAUGACCAUCCACGUGCCCCUCGAUGCCUCCCGCUCCAAGCAGCUCAUCAGUGAGUGGAAGCAGAAGUCCCUGGAGGGCCGUGGCCUGGGACUACCCGAUGAGGGCAGCCCCGUGCACCUGCGGGCCCCAGCGGAGCCCAUGGCGGAGGAGGAGGAAGAGGAGGAGGAAGAGGAGGAGGAAGAGGAGGAGGAAGGGCCCGUGCCACCCUCACUCUACCCCACUGUCCAGGCUCGUCCAGGGCUUGGGCCCAGAGUCAUUCUUCCUCCAAGGCCAGGGCCCCAACCCCUUGUGCACAUCCCUGAAGAAGGAGUGCAGGCUGGAGCUGGCCUGUCGCCCAAGAGCAGCCCAUCAGUGCGGGCUAAAUGGCUGUCAAUGGCUGAGAAGGGCGGGGCCCCAGUGGCUGUGGCUCCAUCACAGCCACGGGUGGUCAACCCGCCUAGGCUUCUGCAGGUCAUUGCCAUGUCCAAGGCAGCAGGGGGCCCCAAGGCUGAGACGGCCUCGUCCUCCAGCGCCAGCUCCGACUCCUCACAAUACCGGUCCCCAUCAGACCGGGACUCGGCCAGCAUUGUCACAAUCGAUGCACACGCGCCCCACCACCCCGUGGUGCACCUGUCUGCGGGGAGCACACCCUGGGAAUGGAAGGCCAAAGUUGUAGAGGGAGAUGGCUCCUACGAGCUGGGGGACCUGGCACGCGGCUUUCGAAGUAGCUGCAAACAGCCGGGCAUGGGCUCGGGGUCUCCAGUUAGUGACCUGGACCAGGAGGAGGCCCGAUUUGGGGCGGUUGCCACUGUUAACCUCGCCACUGGGGAGGGUCUGCCCCCUCAAGGCUCAACCGAUGGCACCCUAGGUGCAAGCAGCCGUGAAUCCACCAUGAGGCGCCAGGUGGGUGGCUUGGGGGACCGGGAAAUGGAAGCUGAGGCACAAAGUUACUAUAGGAGGAUGCAGGCCCGCAGGGGCCAGGACUAA